GUGCAGUUUCUAUUGAGUGUGCCGAGAGGAACGCGAACACAGAUUCAUUCACCUACCGUUCCUACCCUUCUCUCUCUCGCCGCCUCUUCUUCUUCCUCUCGCAUGCUCCUUCUCUGAACCAAACCAAUCCAUUAUUCAUUUGAAUCUUCUUAUUCAUCCCAAAAAAACCCAAUAAAAAAGGGGUCUUUAGAAGGUUCUGGUUGAUGGGUAGGAGAGGAAUCAAGCUAUUCGAUGAAGAAAGGAACGGUCUUUUUUCAAUUUCCAAUUUUGGGUCUCAAUGGGGUGGUGUUAGAGGUGAUGGUGUUCAAGACCCUGUGAAUUUGGCUGUGUAUGCAAGCAUUAGUCAAAUGGGAAUGGGGUUUGGUGUUCAAGAACCAAACCCUUCUUCUUCUUCUUCUGAUGGUGAUAAUUCCCAACACAACGGUGGCAUGAGCAUGAGAAUGAGGAUUCCGUGCACCGAGUUGUACGUUCGGUACGUGCAAUCCGAGGGGAAGGUGAAGAUUCUGGGGGUUCCUGAGGAGGAGGAGGAAGAGGUGGUGAAGGGGGUGAAGAAAAAGAAAAAAGGGGGUGUCUUUAGAGGGUUGAGGAUUAAGGUGAAGAACUCUUCUCUUAGGAGGUUGGUUAGUGGUGCCUUUGCUGGGGCGGUUUCACGGACCACUGUGGCACCUUUGGAGACCAUAAGGACUCAUUUGAUGGUCGGAAGUAGUGGCAGUUCCACUGGGGAGGUCUUCAGGAACAUCAUGGAGACUGAUGGAUGGAAGGGCUUGUUUAGGGGUAAUUUCGUCAAUGUGAUUCGAGUUGCUCCUAGCAAGGCCAUUGAGCUAUUAGCUUAUGAAACUGUUAACAAGAACCUCUCACCAAAGCCAGGGGAGCAUUCCAAACUCCCUAUUCCAGCAUCAUUGAUAGCAGGUGCUUGUGCUGGAGUUUGUUCAACUAUAUGCACAUAUCCUCUAGAGUUGCUAAAGACUCGACUAACUAUCCAGAGGGGUGUUUAUGAUGGUCUACUAGAUGCAUUCCUGAAAAUAGUUAGAGAAGAGGGUGCAGGAGAACUUUACAGAGGUCUUACUCCGAGUCUGAUUGGAGUAAUUCCAUAUUCUGCCACCAAUUACUUUGCCUAUGACACCUUGAGGAAAGCAUACAGAAAAAUUUUCAAAAAAGAGAAGAUUGGCAACAUUGAAACCCUUUUGAUAGGAUCAGCAGCUGGUGCAUUUUCAAGUAGUGCUACCUUUCCACUCGAAGUGGCUCGCAAACACAUGCAAGUGGGAGCCCUCAGUGGAAGGCAAGUUUACAAAAAUGUGAUUCAUGCCCUUGCAAGCAUUCUUGAGCAAGAAGGGAUCCAAGGAUUAUAUAAAGGGUUGGGACCUAGCUGCAUGAAGUUGGUGCCAGCUGCAGGAAUUUCUUUCAUGUGCUAUGAAGCAUGCAAGAGGAUAUUGGUAGAGGAUGAUGAUGAUGAGGAGUAGGAUGAGAUAGAAUAGUUUUGGAGCUAAGAGGAAGUACUGCAAUACUGCAUUCUUCAUUUUUGCAUAUCUGGUUAAGUUAUUUUGGAUUUCUUUUUUUAUUACUGGAUUUUUUUUAUCCCAUAGGAACUUUUGAUAAGCAAUUGGAAAUGGAAUAAUGAUUUUUUUGUUUUUCUUUAUCUCUUGCCUAUUGGCACUUAUGUUCUGUGGCCUAUUAAUUGUAUAUUUGAUACGCGUCCAUUUUAUCUUACAUACGAUGAAGAAAGUUCCUGUCACUUAUUUCUU